GAGUAUAGUCUACUGCGUAUAUAAGAACAAUUAAGCGUAGUUCAAUUCAUCUUCCAAUGGAAGGGAUCUACUAUCCACGGCUUGUUUCUGGCGGGUUGGGCGAUGGAUGGAGUGAAAUCCACGUGACCGAGGCUUGGCCCUAGUUAGCCGAAAUCCACAAGAACAAAAAUCCCGAUCACAAUCUUUCGGAAAAAGAUUAACCAUCACCAACCUCUAUAUCAACACCUCCAAUUCCCUCCCACGAUAUUUACCUCGCCCUUAAACAUCCUAUCUUCAUCCCAAUAAGAAGACAUGGGGGGCAGGUCCGCUAACAAAUCUGCUUACUUCGAGAAGCUGAAGACGCUGCUCGAUGAGUACCGCUCAGUCCUCAUCGUCACCGUCGACAAUGUCAGCUCGCAGCAGAUGCACGAAAUCCGCCUCAGCCUAAGAGGCGAGGCCGUCGUUCUCAUGGGAAAGAACACCAUGGUUCGCCGUGCCAUCAAGGGCUUUGUCGCGGAUAACCCAGAAUAUGAACGUCUCUUGCCUCACGUCAAGGGCAAUGUUGGCUUCAUCUUCACCAACGCUGACUUGAAAGAAGUCAGAGAGAAGGUUCUUUCUAACAGAAUUGCUGCCCCUGCUCGUGCCGGUGCCAUCGCUCCCUUGGAUGUCUAUGUCCCUGCUGGCAACACUGGCAUGGAACCCGGAAAAACCUCUUUCUUCCAGGCUCUCGGUGUCCCUACCAAGAUUGCUCGUGGUACCAUUGAAAUCACCGCCGAUCUAAAGCUUGUUGAGGCUGGCUCGAAAGUUGGUGCUUCCGAGGCCACCCUCCUCAACAUGUUGAACAUCUCUCCGUUCACCUACGGUAUGUCUGUUGUCCAGAUCUACGAUGAGGGCCAGACCUUCAGCCCGGAGGUUUUGGACGUUGGCGAGGAGCAGCUGUUGGCCACCCUCCAGUCUGCCAUCCGCACCAUCACCACCAUCUCUCUGGCUACCAACUUCCCCACCCUGCCAUCCGUCAUGCACUCGGUUGUCAACUCCUACAAGAACCUGCUUGCGAUUGCGGUCGAGACCGAAUACGGCUGGAGCGAGAUCGAAGAGCUCAAGGAUCGCAUUGCCAAUCCUGAGGCCUAUGCUGUCGCUGCUCCAGUUGCCGAAGCUGGAAAAGGGGAAGAGGCCAAGGAGGAAGCCAAGGCAGAGUCUGAGGAAGAGGAAAGCGACGAAGAAGAAGGAUUUGGUGACCUUUUCGGUUAAAUGCAAAAGUGCAUUGGUCGAAUUACAGAACAUUGAAGCAAACGAAUGUAGUAUAUCUAUAGCCGUUAUUUCCUUGCGCAUUAGAGCUAAAUGCGAAAAUUAUGCAUAUUUUUGAUCCAAGCUCACCUGUCAAUGCGACUUGCAAAUUGACAUGUGAUUUCGUUCAUAAAUUAUAUUUACGCGACGCACCAAUGUUUCACGCCAAACAAACAUGCCAUACUCACCAAUCCCAAAAACAAGUAGUUGCCAUUCUACACGCUCAAGGUAUAGAAUUUUUCCGCCCUCCCUGGCUGACUCUGGCCCGAUCUUUCGUAGAAUUCUGCUUCCCCGUCGAGCAAACGAAGCACGUAGUCGAAGGCCAAUUUCUUGAUCUCCCCCUGGCCGUUAUCCUAUGUCAGGAAAGGGAUAAGAAUUCGUAUAAUAUAAUCCAUAAAAUGGGUUUCCCACCUUGUGCACGCAUUUUUUAUUGUUGCUUUUCUAGUCAUUCUUGUGACUCGUCUUAUGUGAAUUCAAUGUCAAGCCAACCCUUAUUUCCAACUGAGUUUGGAGGAUCAUCUAUUACGAAAUGAAUACAGCCCAAAUUGCUGCCACAUACAUACCUUUGUUCCCUACAUAUGUGACUUACUGUAACUGGAGGGUCCGAAUCUCAUCGUUUCAUAUAGCAAGUUAUUUAUAUCUGUGGCGUUCUGGUAUCCGUUUCCAGUAUAAUGCGAGGGAACGUAUUCAGGAAGAAAGCGGUAAAUGCGGAGGGGUCAUCACAAUCGGGCACGGGACGAUGCUAGGAACAUGAACAACAACAUAUCAAUAGUCAAAUUUGCAUCAGGUUAUAUCACUGGCAUAUAAAUACAAGCGCGGCAAUAUCCGUCUCCCUAUCCUCCCGCUACGUACAGUACAACCAAUCGAUUCCCCUAUCCCCCACAUUGCUUGGAGUAAACAACAGACAUAAACAACAUAUCCCAAAAUGUGUUCAUCUACUGUCCCCAUUUCCAAGUCUACUUUCCCCCACCUUCAUCCCCACUCUUCCCAAACCGUCCACCUAGUCCACCCAAAUCCCUCCGAAAGAACUUUCCAAUAUUUUUGAGAUUCUCAUUCAGGUUCGUUGACCCCAGUCCGGUACCUUCUAUACCGUCCCCUCGAUGCCCUAAGCUUGCCCCUAACCCGACCACCGGAGUCCCCGUCCCUGGUGGGGAGGUCGCUGUGGGAAUACCGGAGCCGCCAACGGCAGAGCCACCCACAAGAGGAGUCCCCAGCCUAUCUACACCAUCUCUGGCUGCGGAUAUGAGAGCAGAGCCGAGGCUUGAAGCAUCGAAUCGGCCUGGAAGAGCGCCUGUUGCUAGUGAGGUGCCGCCAGCUCCACCUAGGUUGCUCAAACCCAGGCCUUGGGAUACAGAGGAGGAGGGGGCGGUGGACGACGGCGCCGGGGGCUGAAACUGUGUGAAGAGCGGAUUGUUUUGUUGUAGGUUGGAUGCGUGGCGGUCGGACGAUUUGUGGAUUUGAAACAGUUCCACGAGUUGGUUUUGUUCCUGUUUAUUUCGGAUUCCUUUGACUUCGAGGAUUCUCCUGAAGUUUGUGUCGCUUCGGUCAGCGAUGUGAAUGAGAUAAGCCUGUACCAGGGCUUCCGGCGGGGUGGCUCGGACUUGGAGAGUCUUGAGGAGAGGGUCGACUUUUUGGAAGGAUGUGUUGAGUCGCUUGGUGAAUCCGGCUGGUGGGGGCGAGAGAAGAUUGGCGAUUCCGCUUUUUAUUGUGUAAGCGUCAAGGAGCAUCUGUGAGAUUUGUUAGCUGCGGGAAAGUUCGAUUGUCUGAUUUGAUUAAGGAGGAGCCGCUCUUACUUGCUCAGCACCAGUCUCUGAUACGGGCUUGCACUGGAAGAUAUUAGCCAUGUAGGUGCUUGAAAGGUGCUCCACGAAAUUAUCAGCAAAUGCUCGCGCAUACUGCUGCUUAUGCAGCAUUUUUAGGAUUUCCUCAGAUUGUGACUUGGCACUGCUUAACAAUACUGCAACAAAGGAGCUCUGGUCGCUGACGGUUUCUAACUUGUUCCAGGCUGUAUUUCGCAUCUCUUUCCACGAUGGUUCCAAUCCAACUUCGACUUUUCGCACCAGUCCGCGUACAGCUGAACUGGCAAUGCCCAUAAAAGCAUCGGCUUGGCUCUGUAGGUCGACACUUUGCUUAAAGCGCUCGUCGAUCCGUCCUUUAAUUUUAUCUUCGAGCUGGUUGCAUGUGGAGUAGCAGUAAUCGGCUGUGUUUAAGACAAGUAUCAGGUCUUCUAAAGAGGGAGUUUUGGAAGGAGUCUGUCCACUUGCGCGUUCAGUGACGAAAUACAAGAGCACUUGCUGGGCAUAUUGAUCCAAAUAUUUUGCAAAUAGCUUCGACAGCUCUGAUAAACUAGCACCGGUGGAUAAUUUCGCACACUGUGCGAGGGAUUGUCGAUAAAAUGUGAAGAGUUCGGUAGAAGAAGGAAUAACUAGGCGUGACGUAAACUCCUCAUCUGGAGGUUUUAUUGGUUGUUGUCGAUAUUUCGGUAUCAGCGCAGAUAGCUGUUUGUCCUGAGCUUCGAUCCAUACGCUAAGGUACGGUUCAAAAGCUUCAGAUAUCGACUGGCCAAAUACAGGAGAUUCACUCGAUGUAAAUGUGUCGGAAGACGCACGAGAUUGCGAGGUGAAUCGCCUGUCAAGGGACUGUUCAAAAUCGAGGGUCGUUUGCAGGCAAGAAAGGAGAAGGUUAACGUCCAACGUUUGCCCACUUCGAACUGAUCGGGAUAGGAUCCCUUUAAAAUCUUCCCGCGUCCCUUCACAGAACACAUUUGCUAGGAUUUCGCCGACUUUCCAGGAAGGAGGAAAUAUUGACGCAUGCUCUUCAUCGUACGUUUUUAACAUUCUUCUGAACCAAGAAUACCUUCUCGAGAUAUUAUCUAACGACCCUGCUUCCUCGUUCCCUCGAAACACCUGGCGAUAUUCUCUCAGUUGCGUGUUGCAGUACCAGGUUAUUAACCUUGAUUUGGCCAUAUCCCCGAAGACUUCCAUAACCAAACAGCCUUCGGUCAAUACGCCCUUCCUUUGCGGGAUCUCCCCCUUUGCAAAUAUAAUCUCGAAAUCUUCACACACUUGCUCGAGUAGCUCUCGCUGAAUAUCAGCCACAUUACGGCUCAGUGUAGCAAUCUGAUCAAUGGAUCUAUACGACUUGAAGUGGGCCAUAAGCUGGAUCACAGCAGCCAGUAGCUGCGCACAGUCGCGAUAUUGCCUUGAUUUGCUCAGCGCUUUCAAUUGCUCGUACGCAAUAGUGAGCAUUUGCAGUCUCUUCAAUGCCGUCAUCGACAGAGUUAAGUUCUUCUUCGCAUUAUCCAGUUGUUUAAUCUCCGCUGUCAUCUCUGUGAUGGCUUGUUCUGUCUUUAAAGCCCGCUCGCGGACGUCAUCAAUCUUCUUAAAUAGUUCAGUCAUGUCUGUUUUUGCUGUUUGUACUCGCUGCACGCUUUCUGCAUUGGAAGCAGCUUGUCGUUCGACGAGCGAAGCGAUAUCACUGUCGAGCUCAUCUUGGUACGUUUGGAGCGCUUCGGAUGUUUUGUAUACUGAUGCGAGGGCGGAGGGGUGAGAGAAGAUGGCAUUAAGGUGGUCUAUUGGAUCGUAGUCGGCUACAAAAAUCACUGUCAGCUCGGUAUAUGAGAUUCAAAGAACUAUUGCUAGCUUGCCUCCAUCUAGUGGAUCCGGAUUGGACACGCCGUUCUCCGUCAUGAGGGCGGUGGUGGGUGACAUCCCAAUGAAUUGGACGUCACACCCGGCCACAUAAUGCGGCUCACUCUGGUAACAUGUGGUCUUAUGCGAAUACUCAAUAUAUAUGGUUCAUAGGGACCAUCGAUGUAGAUUGGUUGUUCUGUGAGCUAUACAUAAAGUGUUUGCCUGUAGAUUAUUGGACACAGCCGUAGAUACGCAGGUCGGCUGAACUAUCACGUGACAUAUUUGGAGAUCUCCUUUUCAAACUUAUAAAAAUGGGGGAAAUACGAUAUGUUGCUUAUAUUACUACAAUUUAAGUAUGGGACUUCGAAAUAGUUUAUGUAGUCGCUUAUCUAACUGAUACAUCUCAGAUAAUUGUACCUUGCUACCGUGGCAAGUUGGUCUUCCAUUGGUCCUGCAUCGAAACGAAUUUCUAUAUCUAACUGAACCUAACCCCUUUGAGUGCAGCAA